GGCCCGGCUUCCUGAAGGGAGGAUGGGCUAAGGCAGGCACACAGUGCCGGAGAAGAUGCCCCCCUGGGCCCUCUUCAUGCUCACCUCUUGCCUCCUCCUGGCCCCCCAAAACCUGGCACAGGUCACCAGCCAAGAUGCCUCCUUGCUGGCCUUGGACUCAGAGCCUCUGAACUGUUUCUCCCAAACAUUUGAGGAUCUCACUUGCUACUGGGAUGAGGAAGAAGCAGAGGUACUCAAUGAGACAUACCAGCUACUGUAUGCCUACCCAGGGGAGAAGCCCCGUGCCUGCCCCCUGAGUUCCCAGAGUGUGCCCCCUUUUGGAACCCGCUACAUAUGCCAGUUUCCAGCCCAGGAUGAAGUACGCCUCUUCUUUCCGCUGCACCUCUGGGUGAAGAAUAUGUUCCUGAAUGAGACUCUGGCUCAGCGGGUACUCUUUGUGGAUAGUGUAGGCCUGCCAGCUCCCCCCAGUAUCAUCAAGGCCAAGGGCGGGGGCCAGCCAGGGGAACUUCAGAUCACCUGGGAGGCCCCAGCUCCUGAAAUCAAUGAUUUCCUGAGGCACGAGCUCCGCUAUGGCCCCAAGGAUCCCAAGAACUCCACUGGUCCCACAGUCAUGCAGCUGCUCUCCACAGAAACCUGCUGCCCAGCUCUGCAGAGGCCAAACCCAGCCCCAGCUCUGGACCAGUCUCCAUGUGCUUGGCCCAAAAUGCCCCAACAGGAUGGACCAGAACAGACCUCCACAACUAGAGAAGCACCAUCUCUGACAGUGAUGGGUGGAAGCUGCCUCAUCUCAGGGCUCCAGCCUGGUAACUCCUACUGGUUCCAGCUGCGCAGUCAGCCUGAUGGGGUCUCCCUCCAUGGAUCCUGGGGAUCCUGGUCCCUACCUGUGACUGUAGACCUGCCCAGGGAUGCAGUGGAAAUUGGGCUGAGAUGUUUCACCUUGGACCUGAAGAAUGUUACCUGUCUGUGGCAGCAACAGGACCAUGCUAGUUCCCAAGGCUUCUUCUACCACAGCAAGGCACGGUGUUGUCCCAGUGACAGGGACCUCAACUGGGAGAAGUGUGAAGAGGAAGAGAAAACAAAGCCAGGAUUGCAGCUCCCCCAGUUCUCCAGAUGCCACUUCAGGUCACAAAAUGACAGUGUUAUUCACACCCUUGUGGAGGUGACCACAGCCCAGGGUGUGGUUUCCAGCUAUCUGGGCUCCCCUUUCUGGAUCCACCAUGCUGUGCUCAUCCCCACCCCAAAGUUGCACUGGAGGGAGGUCUCCAGCGGACAGUUGGAAUUGGAGUGGCAGCACCCAUCAUCCUGGGCAGCCCAAGAGACCAGCUAUCAGCUUCGAUACACAGGAGAUGGUCAUCAGGACUGGAAGGUGCUGAAGCCGCCUCUCGGGGCCCAGGGAGAAACCUUGGAGCUGCGCCCUCGGUCUCGCUACCGUUUACAGCUGCGCGCCAGGCUUAACGGCCCCAGCUAUCAAGGUCCCUGGAGCGCCUGGUCCGACCCUGUAAGGGUGGAGACUGCCUCCGAGACCGCCUGGAUCUCCUUGGUGACCGCUCUACUCUUGGUGCUGGGCCUCAGCGCCCUCCUGGGCCUGCUGCUGCUGAGGUGGCAGUUUCCUGAGCACUACAGGAGCCUGAGGCAUGCCUUAUGGCCCUCACUUCCAGACCUGCACCGGGUCCUAGGCGAGUACCUUAGGGAGACUGCAGUCCUGAGUCCGCCCAAGGCCGCAGUCUUAGAUGCCUAUGAGGACGUGGAACCCAGCCUCCUUGAAAUUCUACCUAACUCCUCAGAGAGGACUUCCUUGCCCCUAUGUUCCUCCCAGGCCCAGAUGGACUACAGAGGACUUCAGCCUUCUUACCUGGGGACCAUACCCUUGUCUGUGUCCCCAUCCAUGGCAGAGUCGGGUUCCUGCUGCACCACUCACAUUGCCAACCAUUCCUACCUACCACUAAGCUGUUGGCAGCAGCCCUGACAGUAUUCCUCACUCCUAGCACCCCUGACAGAUCUACACCCUUUAGACCGCUCAGCAGAUCUUCCUACCCUCCACCCUCUGUCCACCCUCAUAGUUGGGCUUACACAACACUGAUUUUACUGUAUGGCUGCCAACACAAAUCCAGGACCUUCUCUCCACGGGUUAGGCUAAUUUGGCUAAACUCCUCUAACCUUGACCUUUCUCACCCCUCUUUAAUGCCAAGCUCUUAGAAAGGAAGUCUCCAAUUCCCUACCUCCCAUUUACUCUUCAGAACUCUUCAGUUAAUUCCCCUACCACCAGUUUGCUAUUGAAAUUGCUUAUGCAAAUUUCACCUCAAACCUUCAAUUACAAGAAUGAUAGGUUCUUAUUAAUCCUCAAUUUAUUUAAUCUCUCUGUGGCAUUUGUCAUGGUUUUUACUACACAUUUCUCCUUUGAAUUCUCUCCUACCUUGGCUUUCUUAACAUCACCAACUCUCCUAGCCUCGUCUUGCCUCUCUGAGUGUACCAUGGUUAAGAGGAUAAGCUCGGAAGUCAUAUCUGGGCUCAUUUCCUAUAUUUCUCAACUGCUGUUUGAUCUUGGGCAAAUAAUGUCUUUAAGCCUUAGUUUUCUCAUCUAAAAAAUGGGGAUAAUAACUGUACCCCAAUAGAGUUGUGAAGUGGAUUAAAUGAGAUAAUCUAAAUAAAGCAUUUAACACACUGCUUAGGACACAGUAAGUGCAUAAUAUAGCUGAACUACUAUUGUAACUGUUCCUUCCUAAUUUCUCAUCCUGACAUCUCUUCCCAUUCUUUAAUUAUUGCAGUCCAUCAAGAUUCCAUUCUUAAUAGCUUCUAAUCCCAUCUAUUCCCAUGGCCCUUACUAUAUGUUUACCAUCCCAAGGUUCUUAUCUCCAGCGCAGACUUCACUACAGCACCUAUGAUGCUUUAUGCAAGUAAUUUUUUACAGCUCUCUCCCACUACAAGAUUGUAAACUCCUGGAGGUCAAGGGCCAUAAUUUCUUUGUCUUCCUGUACCCAGGAAGGGUCCUAGAGUAAUUCCCCCUAGGUCCUAGAGUACUGCUUGGUGCAUGGCAAUAAGCCUUCAAUAAAUGUUUUCCAAAUGAAUGAAGUCUUUCUGGACAAGGCCAUCUUCAUCCCAUGUCAACCUCCCUCAUCCUCUAAGCCAUUCAUAUGCAUCAGUAAAUGUGAUUAAGCCAUUCUGGUUAUAGAUUCCUUUACCCCAUAUACCCCAUUCAAAUUCUUAAUCAAAUAUCAAAUGGUCUUUUUUGCUGACUCCAGUCAUACCCACUAUAUCAGUCAGGAUCUUGGCAGAAAUAGAUGGCACACUCAAACUGGGUGACUUGAGAGUUUAAUG